AUGGAUAGGGACAUAGUAGCUGAAUGUAGAAGGAGUGCAAUCGAAUUUCAGCAACAUGCAUUAGAACAGUCCCAUCAUAAUGAGCCAGAAAUUUAUAUAGAAACUUCUAGUAAAGAUAAUAAUAAUAAUUUAACUUUUUCACAAGCAGUAGGGAUAGUCACAGAUAUUCUCUAUGAACGAGAACAUCAAGGAUUGCCACCAAUUUGGAUAUUUGAAGAAUUUCGUGCAGUUAUGGAAUUAGAAGAUAAACGGCUGAAGUAUUUUUUUGAUGAAUUAUAUUUAUCAAUCAACCCGUUAAAAAAAAGCAAAUCUACAAUGGAAAAUGUAUCAAAACAGUUGGUAUUUUUAUGUUAUUUUAUUUGUGGUAUUAGAAAUAAGUUUGUUAAUAAUGCAAAAAGAGAUCUAGGGAUGUAUUUAGAUUCUACUGGGACACCUGAUUCAACGAUAGACACCUUGGCAACAUUAGGUAUGACAAUAACAUCUCGUUCAAUUGCUUACCACAAGGAUGCUAUAUCUAAAAAACAUUUGACAACUGUGGAAUCAAAUCUUGCAGAUAGUACUAAUAGUGCUCUAGUUUUAAAUAUUGACGAUUAUCACAGUAUACACAUUAAAAGAAUGCCUGACACUACCACAACAUCAAGACCACCACCAACACCAUUGGACACUCAAGAACUUUUUGAAUGUCUAAAAAAUUUAUUACCUAAGGAUAAUGUUGAGAUUCCAGCAACUAUUAUUACUUCGCAAUCUGCUUUUACUCCUUAUAAUAAUCAUUCUUCUCAUACAAUAAAUCCUACUCCA